UAGCUCCAAAUUAUUAGAGAGUACACAUAGUGUUUGUUUUUCCAUUCCUGAAAUCAACCUAAGUGCUCAACAAAUCAUGAGUGCAUUAAGAAAACAGGGCAUAUAUAUCUCAUAGAGUACUACUCAGCCAUAAAGAGGAAUAAGAUAAUGUCUUUUGCAGCAACGUGGAUGGAAUUGGAGACCGUUAUCCUAAGGGAAGUAUCUCAGGAAUGGAAAAUAACUUGAAAAAAUAUUAUAUGGGUCAAAAGGUCAGUCCAGAGUCACCCGGAAUUGCCCACGGAACUCUGCGCUCACACCCACCCUUCCUGGGCCGGACCAUAACGGCCCCCAGGCCCACUUCCGGUCCCGGGCACACCCGCCGCCAUUUAUCCGCCACCCGGUCACUCCACCGGCCACCGCCCUCACCCACGCUGGGUUUACCCCGAGGGGCCCGUGGCCGCCAACGCCGCCACUGCCUGCUCCGCAGCCUGCGCUCCCGAGGCGUCUUCGCGUUUUUCCUGCUCGCCGCGCCUGCGCUACCCAUCAUGGCCGCCAUCUCUCAGGUGCGCCACAACUACAACCCGGCCUGUGAGGCCGCCGUCAACAGCCACAUCAACCUGGAGCUCCGCGCCUCCUACGCGCACCUCUCCAUGGCCUUCUACUUCGACCGCGACGACGUGGCCCUGAAGCACUUCUCCCGCUACUUCCUGCACCUGUCGCACAAGAAGAGGGAGCACGCCGAGAAGCUGAUGGGCCUGCAGAACCGGCGCGGUGGCCGCAUCUGCCUUGGCGACAUCAGGAAGCCCGAGGAGGACGACUGGGAGGGCGCCCUGCAGGCCAUGACGUGCGCCUUCCACCUGGAGAAGAUCAUCAGCCAGAGCCUCCUGGAGCUGCACGAGCUGGCCACCGACAGGGGCGACGUGCAGCUCUGCCGCUUCCUGGAGAGCCACUGCCUGCCGGAGCCCGUCAAGACCAUGGAGGAGCUGGGUGGCUACCUCACCAACCUGCGCAACAUGGGGGCCCCAGACGCCGGCCUGGCGGAGUGCCUCUUUGACAAGCUCACCCUGGGCGGCGGCGGCAGCGGCGAUGGCAAGGAGAACUGA